AUGGAGAGCUCCAUGCACUUUCAUAGGAUCAUUCUCAUGGUUGUUCUUCAAGGUUGGUUCCCCUGUUCCUACAGUCAGAAUUGGGCAAUUACCCUCCCUGAAUCCAUCAGAGCAUUGAGAGGAUCCUGUGUGGAGAUUCCCUGCACAUUCACCCGACCCAGAAGCUAUGUAAACAUCAAUCUGGUUUGGUACAAGGAUGUCACUUUUUUUGACAAUAUAAUAUACAAACGGAAUCCUUCUGAUGUGAAUAAACCUUACAGAGGUCGCACUUCCCUGGUCGGAAAUGGACCAAACAGCUGCUCCCUGAGGAUUAAUGAUGUGCAAGAAAGUGGCACUUAUUAUCCCUAUAUACAUGGAAACUGUGAUGUCUCUUCCUUCAGUGGCUGUCAGACAGUAAAGGUUCAAGUCUCAGAUGUUCCCAAUAAGCCAACAAUACAGAUACCUUCAAUUCUGACUGAAGGAAAAAACGUCUCCAUCUCCUGCUCUGUAGAACACACCUGCCCCUCCAGUCCCCCUACUCUACAGUGGAACAGAGAUGGAUAUAAACUCACUGAAAUGCAGAAGAGCCUUAAGGAUGGAGUAUGGAAAACUACAACUGUUAUGGAAUAUUUCCCCUCCUACUGGGAUAAUGGAACUGAUCUUAUAUGUGACGCUACUUAUCAUAAUGGGCUCAAAUCCCAAGGCGUGGCCACUUUAAAUUUAAACAUACCAUAUUCUCCAAAAAAUGUAACGGUUGUCAUAUUUGAUGGGAAGAAGGAAAUGAAAGAAGGCGACAAUGUGACAUUAAUGUGUACCAGUUAUGCCAACCCUGCUGCCAAUGACUUUAUCUGGUACAACAAUAAGAGAGAUGGAAAUGUAGAGCAGAGAGAGGGACAUGGGCAGAACAUUACUGUGACUGUGGGGUGGGACAGAGAGAAAUUCUCUUGUACUGCAAGGAACCCACUGGGAACUGGAAAUUCCAAGGUUUUGGAGCUACAUGUUUUGUAUAAAGCCAAAAUUAUCACAAUUAAAGGAAAAGAUGAAAUUAAAGAAGGAGACGUUCUUGAACUUGUAUGCCAUUUCUCAGACUAUAACCCACCAACAACUAAGUACAACUACAGCUGGUAUCUGAAUAGGAAUCACGUGAAUGGGGAGACUGGCAGAAUAUUACAGAUAAAUAACAUUACAAAGUCCCAUUCUGGCAACUACAGCUGUAAUGUGCAGAACAGAGCAGGGGAUUCAUAUUCCCCAUCGUUUUGUGUCACAGUGAUGGCAACAAUAUCUGCACAGACAAAAGAGAAACUGCCAAUGGGAAUUAUACUCGGAGGUAUAGCUGGUGCGGUAUUGAUUAUGCUAUUGGUUCUGAGUCUAUAUGUAUUUCUAAGGUAUGUGAUCAGACUCUUUUAUGAGAGAUAACAAAGAAAUAUAUAUUUAUGGAUGGGGCAAGCCAACAGAAGUAAAUAUAUACAGGUAUUGGAUCCAUUGACCAACAACCCAUUUUCUU